AUGCACUGCGUCUACGCCUACAUCUCAUCACCUACGCAGACCAUCAGAAAUAUGGCGAAGUUAUGCGGCAUGGACCGAAUAAACUCGUCUUCAACACCGUCACGUCAUUGCACAACAUCUAUCAUAAUGAGCGACUUGGAAAACCACACAACUAUCGUCUCGCAGACGAGCGAGCACCAUAAUAUUUUCAAUGUCUUGGACAAGAAUGUGCAUAGGCACAAGCGCAAGAUCAUUGGGAGAUGCGUCUCAGAGAGAUCAAUGCGCGGCUUCGAGCCCAUUAUGAUCCGGCACAUCGACACUCUGAUCACGCAACUUGCCCAUUCGAGAAAGCGAGAAGAAUCGACCAACAUGACAACGUACUGCAAUCGCUUUGGCUUCGAUGUCGUUGCCGACUUGAGAUUUGGCGAGUCACUGAAACUCCAGACCGAUCCCCAGUAUCGAUGGAUGAUUCGCUGGUUGGAGGUUGCCCAUGUGCGGAACAACACUCACAUCCAGGCGCCAACGGUGAAGUGGCUCGGUCUAUACAUUCCGCUUCUAAUCUUCUUGAUAGCGCGGGGUGAUAAGUUCAACGCCAUGGUCGACGGGCUCAUCAGUAGGCGGAUGGAGAGAGGCAUUCAUUCGCGCGAGGAUUUCUUUUCGCUGAUGCUUGAUUCGAAGAACCCUACGACUGGCAAGGCUACCACGAUCGAGGAAUUCACCGAGGAAGUGAUGUUCUUCUUCCCAGCAGGCGGCGAUACUACAACCACAGCUCUCUGUGCACUCCUCUUCUAUCUCUCCCGCUACCCAGACUGCUACAGACGGGUAGCUGAAGAGGUUCGCUCGACCUUCAAGAACGAUGUAGAGAUCCAUACCGGCCCAGCACUUUCAAACUGUCGCUAUCUCCGCGCCUGUUUCGACGAGGCCCUGCGCUUUUCACCGCCAGUGCUAGGCACGCUAUGGCGAGAGCUUCUAUCAACGGACCCUGAGCCCUUGGCCAUCGACGGCCACGUUAUUCCUAAAGGAACCUUUGUCGGAGUGAACAUCUACUCGAUCCACCACAGCGCCAAGUACUUUCCCGACCCAUUCGCCUUCAAACCAGAGCGAUGGCUUUGGAACGAGACAGCGAACACUUCCGAAGAUGCUAAGCUGGCAAUGAAGACUAUGCACCGGGCGUUCACGCCAUUCUCCAGUGGUUCGCGCGGCUGUGCGGGCAAAGCCAUGGCGUACAUGGAAUCUAGCCUCGUCAUGGCCAAGGUCCUCUUGCACUUCGACUUCGAGCACGCGCCCCGGGAGCAGGGAGACGUUGGCGGCGGGUCGGCAAAGAAGGGCGGUGUCCGCGCCCGGCGGGGUGAGUUUCAACUCUACGAUCACUUCAGCACUAGCCACAACGGGCCACAUCUAGUACUGCGGGCGAGAGAGAUGACUGGAAAGGGGUGA